AUGACCAGUCCUCCAGGCUCGCAAUCAUCGCCCACUUCAGUUACGUUCCUGCAUGGAUGUAUGAAAGGGUUGCAUCAAGUAGCUCGACGUACCAGGGACCGGGCUGAUAGGCAUAGUUGGACCUUGUGGCCUUGGCAUGUUUUCUGCCCAUGUAUCAGUGGCCAGACUACCUGGUACGGGCUUGACCGGCCAGUCUUUCUAUCGAUACACACUUCACCUGCCUUCUUUCAGAAGGCCAAGCUUGCCAAGAGGCUUGCUUUAGAAGCACAUCUUGGCCCCGCAUGUACAGUACUGCACAGUACAGCAUUGCGGUCCCGUCGUCUAGACUAG